UUGGUUCAAGAAACUAUCUGUUUGUUUUGUAUUUUAUGUUUUAUCUCUGGUAAAUAGACGAAUUGUUGGCUGAUUUCUUGAUUCCAAUUUACAUUUUGUAAUCAAUUAUACAUGUACAUUGUUUUAAAAUUAAUGAAAAUACAACUUAAAAUGGGUGAAGUCGUUACUUCUACACUAUCUCUUAGUGUUGUUCUUAAGCCAGUUUUUUCACAGUUGGAGUGCCAUGACAAGAAUGUCUCCGAAACGCUUCUUACCAUAUUUUGCAACUUGGAACAGCACCAUCCAGGAUUUUGUUACAAUUUACUAUCAGAAAUAAUUGAGAAAGCAGAUCUUAAAAUAAAUAUUAAUGAAGUGGUUCUACGACUACAAGAAUGUAGAACUGAUAUUGAUAUUAAUGAGCACUAUCUACUCUGCAGUGAAGAACCAUUUCAAGACCUUAAUAGGAAGUCUGCAGCGCUGAAAGCUAUCCUUAGUAGAAUUCCUGAUGAAAUAACAGACCGAAAGACGUUUUUAGAGACCAUUAAAGAGAUCGCCAGUGCAAUAAAAAAGUUGCUGGAUGUUGUAAAUGAAAUAGGAGUUUUUGUACCAACCUUAUCAGGGAAACAGUCUAUUGAGCAGCGUAAAAAGGAAUUUGUAAAGUAUUCCAAGAAAUUCAGUACAACAUUAAAAGAAUACUUUAAGGAAGGCCACUCAAAUGCAGUCUUUAUAAGUGCUUUAUGUUUAAUCCGCCAAACCAAUCAACUGAUGAUCACUGUAAAAAGUAUAUGUGAAUGAAUAUUACAUAUCUUUAAUAAAAUGUACUAACAAUCUGUUCUGAUUGUACUGAGCUGACGUAUAUAGCUGUCAAAAAAAGUUGAAUUUAAUUUAUUAGAAAUAAAAGUAAAUCUGUCGAGAAAGAGCACAUUAAAAAUAAUGUAAUGUAAAGUAUAAUCAUUUAAAGAAAAUGCUGAAAUGUUUGGUAUGGAGAGUCAGUACAAAAAUGUUUUUAUUAAAUAGAAAACAGAAAAUAUAUACAUACAUAUAUAUUAUACAUA